AUGAGUAGACGGCGUGAUUUUGCAGGAAGAGUUCCCGAUAAAGAUUUUUUUCUCGAAAGAAAACGUCGUAGGCAAGAAAUUGUUUAUUCAAUAUGGCCUUCCUCACCUGAGCAUGAGUCAAUAAAUUCAGUGGAACGGUAUAAAAAAAGAUCUCGCUAUGCAACUAGUGAAUCGGAUAGUGAAGAUAUGAAGAAAAGAUCUAAAUCGAAAAAACAUAAAAAAUCUGAAUCUAAAUCGGAACAUCGUUCAUCAAAACAUAAAAAAAGUUCAAAGCGACACAGAAAACAAAAGAAACACCGACAUAGCAGUCCUUCAAGCGACAGUGAAACUGAUCAUGAAGAAAGUUCAGUUAAAGAUCAAGGAUCUCCAGAUAUUAAAGAGGUUCCAUAUAUCGAUAACGAGAUUGAACAAAUUGUGGAAAAAAGGUCAGAACAACAGCAGGAAGAUUCAAUAGUAGGACCUUUACCUGUGCCUGUCAAUGAACCAAAACUAGGAGAGAGAGAUUAUGGUGGAGCAUUGCUUGCAGGGGAAGGUUCGGCUAUGGCAGCGUAUGUUCAAGAAGGAAAACGUAUACCACGUCGUGGUGAAAUUGGGUUAACAAGUAACGAAAUUCAAUCAUUUGAGGACGUUGGUUAUGUUAUGAGCGGUAGUCGUCAUAGGCGCAUGAAUGCUGUUCGUAUUCGUAAAGAAAAUCAAGUUAUAUCCGCAGAAGAGAAACGAGCGGUAAUGUUAUUUAAUCAAGAGGAAAAGGCCAAGAAAGAAAAUAAGAUUAUUUCCGAUUUUAGGGAAUUAGUUGCAGACAAAAUGCGAGGGAAGCAACAACAAUAG